AUGACUACCGUGGAGAAGAUCAAGGGUAUUGAAGAUGAAAUGGCCAGGACCCAAAAGAACAAGAACACCUCGUUCCAUUUGGGUCAAUUAAAGGCCAAGUUAGCCAAGUUAAGAAGAGAAUUAAUUUCAGAUAGUUCCUCUGGAGGAGGUGGUGGUGGAGUUGGUUUUGAUGUUGCAAGAACCGGGGUGGCCACGAUCGGGUUUGUUGGUUUCCCAUCGGUUGGGAAAAGUACCUUGUUAUCUAAAUUGACUGGGACACAUUCUGAAGCCGCCGCUUACGAAUUCACAACUUUAACUACUGUUCCAGGGAUCAUUAAAUAUAAAGGUGCUAAGCUUCAAAUGUUGGAUUUACCCGGGAUUAUAGAAGGGGCUAAAGAUGGUAAAGGUAGAGGUAAGCAAGUUAUUGCGGUUGCCAGAUCGGUUAAUUUAUUAUUUUUGGUUUUGGAUGUUAAUAAACCAUUACAACAUAAAAGAAUUAUUGAAUAUGAAUUAGAAGGGGUUGGAAUUAGAAUCAAUAAAGAACCACCAAACAUUGUUAUCACCAAGAAGGAAAGAGGUGGGAUCAAUAUCACUAACACUGUUCCAUUAACCCAUUUGGACAACGAUGAGAUUAAAGCCGUCAUGGCUGAAUAUAAAAUCAACUCUGCAAACAUCGCUUUCAGAUGUGAUGCUACCGUGGAUGAUUUAAUCGAUGCCAUUGAAGCCAAGUCAAGAAGAUACAUUCCUGCCAUUUACGUCUUGAAUAAAAUCGACUCUUUUUCCGUUGAAGAAUUGGAUUUAUUGUACAAGAUCCCCAAUGCAAUUCCAAUCUCUUCUGGUCAAGGUUGGAAUCUCGAUGAUUUAUUACAAAUGAUGUGGGAUAAAUUGAAAUUGGUUAGAGUCUACACCAAACCAAAGGGUAAGUUACCUGAUUUCAGUGAACCAGUGGUGUUAAGAAACGACCGUUGUUCAGUAGAAGAUUUCUGUAACUCCAUUCACAAGUCCUUAGUCAGUGAUUUCAGAAAUGCUUUGGUCUUCGGCCAAUCGGUGAAACACCAACCCCAAGUCGUGGGGUUAAGUCAUGACUUACAAGACGAGGAUGUCAUCACCAUUCUCAAAAAGUAGUCCUUGCAUCCUGUAUAUUUUUGUAAUGUAUAUUAUCUUCUGUAUCACUAGUAUGUAUCGGUAUAUACCCAAAAAUAAAUACAUCCGUAC